CUCAGCUCUGCAACUACUACCAUACACGACACUUGCUCAUGGUCUGGAGCCUGUCACAUUCGUCAUCUCUCUUGGAGGUUAUUCUUUUGUCAACCGCAUUUGUUCUCUUGACCGUCACUUAAGACUUCAACUCUCCUUAUCUUUAUGUUUCAAGUUUUCCUUGUCUUGUUUACCUGAAACUGUUAUUCAACUCUUCAGUCUUCGCUCGACGGCAUUCAAUUCUCUGAUCGGUAACAUUUACCUCUAACCUUGCGUGCCAAACGGCAUUCUGCAUUGCGGCUUGGAAUUGAUUUAAUCGCCGUCCCGAAACAAACGCACUGCCGGCAUCUUGCAUUCCACCAUCUGAACACAGUAACAACCUCCAACGCCGCCCUCAUCUUUGAGCCCGGAAGGUUUGUUGUUGGGUCCAUCAGCUGGAACCGUACGAACACGCCCGGGCUGAACCGGCUGGAUCCCGAGUCCCCGACCCAACCGCAGUCCCAACGCAGUGGACCAGAAGGACCAACUAGCGAACAAGUGCCUGGAAACGACGCUAAAGAGAGAUCCCGAACCCGGUCACUGCCAAAACACGCCCACCUCAGGUCCACCUGCCUCACCUCGUCCGAUUUACUAAUUUCAACCUCGGGCUGACUAGCACGUCCUCGAUUUCUGCUGCCUCUCUACCUCUAGAUCGUCAGUCGCUCCUUCAUCACCGAAAAACCUCGCUUCGUUAUUCCUGCCUCCACGCUUGCGCCACCCGGAGGCUGCCGCCGUUUGCGUUUUCGAAACCGGUUCGCGACGCAUCCACCUUCACUGUUACCGGGAAUGCGAUCAAACUCCCCGUCUACGGGUUAGACAACUUGUAGCAGACGAACAUCGGAACAUCUGCCCCGCGACGUCCCACAUACACCUUUGAGCACGCUGAACCGACGGCGACACUCUCAACAGACAAGGGCGACGACGCCACCGCGAGACAAAUAUGAACGACCAUGAAUACUACAGCCAAAAGCCGCUACCCAUACCUGGCCAGGCAACGAGCCACCAGGGCGGCGGUGCCAGUCAUUAUAAUCAAAAUUAUGGCCAGGGGCAACAACCGAUGCCAACCUCCUACAGCGCAAACUUCCAAUCGCCCUUCGAUACCGUCUUUGAUGACCAUGUCUAUCCCGCAUCCUCACAUCAGUCUGGUGCUUCUUCAAGCCGACAACAUCUGAAUAAUGACAUCCCUUUGGAGGACCGCAGCGGCGGCAGAAACAAGAACAAUGACCCCGAGAUGCAAGAUCACGUCUACGAUGCGGCCCAACCACAGCAAAAGAAGUCACGUAGCGGCCGUGUUAGUGUAGGGCAACUGGGAAUGCUCGGCUCGAAUGCGAAGAGGAUACCCUUUGUUGUUUACUUUUUUACCACCGUCCAGAUAGCCGUGUUUAUUGCUGAACUCGUCAAGAACGGCAUGGCUACGGGAUCACCUAUCAUGAUUAAGCCCCAGUUUAACCCCUUCAUCGGGCCUUCCAGCUACAUGCUCAUCAAUAUGGGCGCCCGCUGGGAUCCGUGCAUGCACGCCAUUCCGGGCGUCCAAAACGCAACACAGCUCAUCAGCUGGCCCUGUCCUAAUACGACGACAUACGACGUCAAUGCUCCGACUAUGAAGUGUACUCUUUCCGAUCUGUGUGGCUUCGGCGGCGUCCCCGAGCCCUGGUACAAUGCGACCGCGACCAUGGAAAGCGUUCCCGAACCUAACCAGUGGUGGCGCUUUAUCACCCCGAUGUUCCUCCACGCCGGAGUCAUCCACAUCGGCUUCAAUAUGCUUCUCCAGAUGACGAUCGGAAAGGAGAUGGAGCGGUCCAUCGGUUCGAUCCGCUUCUUUAUUGUCUACGUCAGCGCUGGAAUCUUUGGGUUCGUGAUGGGCGGAAACUUUGCCGCCAACGGCAUGCAGACGACGGGUGCAUCGGGGGCCCUGUUUGGUAUCAUUGCUCUCUUGCUGCUGGAUUUGCUUUAUUCGUGGCGGGACCGUAAGAGCCCCUGGAAGGACCUUUUAUUUAUUGGUCUCGACAUCGUCAUCUCCUUCGUUCUCGGUCUACUUCCGGGCUUGGACAACUUUGCCCACAUAGGCGGCUUCUUGGCCGGUCUUGCGUUGGGAAUUUGUGUUUUGCAAUCGCCAAACGCACUCCGUCGACGGAUCGGCGACGAACCACCUUACUCGCAGGUUGUCGACACUAACGGCUUCUUGAGGCAAGGGGCACCGCCUUCCUUCUUCAGCAAUCCUGUCGGGUUCUUUAAGGGUCGGAAACCGCUGUGGUGGGCUUGGUGGCUUGUCAGGGCGGCUUUCUUGACUCUUACUGUCGUCAUCUUCAUCUUGCUACUCAAUAACUUCUAUGUGGAUCAUAAGGAGUGCAGCUGGUGCAAGUAUUUGAGUUGUUUGCCCGUCAAAAACUGGUGCGAAGAUGGAAACUUGCAGAUUACGACGCAAGAUGUCACCCCGAAUAAGCGCGACCUUAUUUUUGCUGCUGAUUUGGAACAGCUUCCGAGGUUGCAAGCAUAUUUUGCAUAAGCAAAUUAUCUCUCUAAAGCUCACAUUAAUGACUCUUUGAAUCAUUUUUGAUGGAGGGCGGCAAGAAUACCGAUGCAUUCCCAUUUUCUGCUUUAUUGUUACCUGUGCUUUUUCUACAGACAAUUUUGAAACACGAGGCUACGUUCCUGCCAACGUACAGAAGGGAGUAGUGGUUUUGAAUUCACCUCUGGAAUAUUUGCAUAGCAUUGGCGUUGAAGGGAUGAGAAUACAAAUUCGUUCUUUGGUUCAGCAAAUUGAUCGGGAAAUGGUGGUUACUUUGAGGGGACAGAUGAUGCUCAAACCCUUGCCUGGAUUGCCAAAGUUAUGUCAAAAGAACGGCAUCUGGAAACGAAAUCAAAACUAUAAUGAUAGUAGUAAUCAUCUGACAGAAGAGUUGGUCUUCGGCGAGAUAACUUUAGCCAGACAUUCCUCCAUCUGACGGUGACAGACUUCAAAAGACCGUACUAAGAGUUCUUGUGCGACCCCCUUUCAAGUUUAAGUUUUUUUUUUUUUUUUUUUUU